UGCGGUCAGCUCGAUCCACUGUGGACGACCACUGAACACGGCGCGCCCAGCGCUUCGCCCCAAACCCCUGGGAAACUUUCUCCAGAGGCGUCCGGCAGACGAUGCUUUCCCGGAGACCGAGACCAUGUUCCCGCUGCUGUCCGACAGUCGCUUCGAGACCUCCAUGACCAACUACCUGGCCGAAAGCCCGCCCGAGACGCCGGUGCCGACGCGGCACGCCCAUACCUCCAGAGCCGGAGCAUCUGGGUUAACUCACAGGCAACGUGCUGCGACCACCAGUGCGGUGCGCGGUAGACACUACGACAGAGAGGACGGACCACUCACAAGAAGCGUGUCUAGUGGAUUCUUCAAAAGGAUCUUCUGUGGGACCCCUCGAAAGUACUCGUUCCCUCCCCAAGAAAAGGACACUUCUCCUGAGCUGAGUUUCAGCGAAGUCAUGAUGCGCUACCAUCGGAAGUCCCCUGAUUCGAGGAACUCCUUCUGCUCGACCACGAAGAAAACGAGCCCGACCACCAAGAAAGCGAGCGAGAGAAAGACCCUCCCCGAAGUCGUGCCCGCUGCCCCGCCUCCAGCGCAGAGGAAGAAACGGAUUACUCCGAAUGAUCGAAAGGUUCGGUAUCUCAUUCUGAUGCUAUCUCCUAGUUUUUACCGUAUUUGCUUUUACUUGAUGGUGUACGUGAAGAUCCUCCAAGACGCUCUGAACAACCAAGACUCGAGUCCCAACAGCGCCCUGAUGGUGACGCCUGACGUGGACACGGGCUGGUUCCUGGUCUCCUUCCACGUCUGGGUCAGGCACGACCACAAGCCCCUCACUGACGCCGUCAAGCGCUUCCCCAAGCCGGGCGCCACCUACUUCGUCCAGGGAGGGAGCGGCACGCUCUGA